UCAUGGAGCCAGGGCUGCGUAUUUUGAUUGGCGCGCGCGCCGCAUGCCGCUACCUUGAUAAAGAAGAGCUGUUAAUAACACGGUGAAGUUUUCGGGUGAUUUUGUGCAGUUGUUGAUGUAUGUUUUACUAACCCGUCACGUCACCAUGUGGAUCUUCCUAGCUGCGGGCGUGUUGGUCAGCUGUGCUUCAGUGUUGCAAGCUUCACCUCUUGCAGUGUGGACAGUUCCUGAUUUUGGACAAAUGUACCACAUAAAAGGUGUGAUCUCAUUACCCUAUGCUGAAAUCAAGGAACCAUUUGAAGGCUGGUAUGAUCUACAGGGGAAGAGAAGCAGAAUCGAUUAUUACCAUGGACAAGUCUCCACUUUUCAGCUCGGAGCAGCAGGAGAUCAAGGUGUCAGCUACAAAAUCACACCUGUGACAACUGAGACUGAAUUUAAUGCCAUGAAAUGCUUCCAAGUCAAUGGCACUAAGGAGGAUCCAGUUCUGCCUCAGGCUGCACUACCUGAUCUUCAGGGCUUUCAGUUUGAACAAAUGGAAUACUUUGCGGGCCUCUUGUGUGAAGUGUGGAAGAAUGUCACUACUGUUGGACACAAAAAGAACACUUACCGUCUGUGGGUGGCCCGACCAGAGGGUGGGGCAUCACUGGCCAAACCUUACCAUUAUGAAAUGAUGGGCUACAACACGCUUCUGGGAUCCCACUAUGACAAAUACCUCAUCGACUACAGUGACUUCAGCCCUCAAACCAAUCCUAAAGACUUUGAUCUGCCAGAAGGUAUGAGCUGUGGUGCUUUUCCUGGUCCAGGAGUGGCACACAGAAUUCUUGCCAAUCCCAUUCAAGACCUGAUUCAUACUUCUCCUGUGGGCCAUGCCCAUCGCUUAUUUGGACACUUUAAGGAAAAAUAUGAGCGUAACUAUGAAGAUGAAGUGGAACAUGAAAAGCGAGAACACAACUUUGUACAUAAUGUUCGGUAUAUUCAGUCUAUGAACAGAGCAGGCCUGUCAUAUUCCCUCUCGGUCAAUCACCUGGCUGAUCGCACAGAGGAAGAACUGGCAAUGAUGAGAGGUGGGAAACGGAGGAAGACCCCUAACAAAGCUCAACUUUUCCCCACUGAACUCCGCUCGCUCACUCUGCCUGACUCAGUGGACUGGAGGCUGUAUGGUGCUGUGACCCCUGUAAAAGACCAAGCAGUGUGUGGGUCUUGCUGGAGCUUUGCGGCAACAGGAGCACUAGAAGGAGCGUUGUUUCUAAAGACCGGGGAGCGUGUGGUUUUGUCUCAGCAGAUGCUAGUGGACUGUACAUGGGGCUUUGGGAACAAUGGCUGUGAUGGAGGCGAGGAGUGGAGAGCAUUUGAAUGGAUCAUGAAACAUGGUGGCAUCUCAACCGCGGAGAGUUAUGGUGGAUACACUGGCAUGAAUGGCCUGUGUCACUAUAAUGACUCCUCUCUAACUGCCCAUGUGAAAAGCUACACCAAUGUCACCAGUGGAGAUUUGGAGGCUCUGAAGGCUGCGCUGUACAAAUAUGGUCCUACUGCGGUCGGCAUCGACGCUGCUCACCGUUCCUUUAGCUUCUACAGUAAUGGCGUGUAUUAUGAACCAGAUUGCAAGAACGGCCCAGAUGACUUGGACCACGCUGUGCUGGCAGUGGGUUAUGGGGUACUGGAAGGACAGCCUUACUGGUUGGUGAAGAACUCCUGGUCCACUUACUGGGGUAAUGAUGGUUAUGUGCUAAUGUCCAUGAAGGACAACAACUGCGGAGUGGCAACUGGGGCCACAUAUGUUACACUGUCCUAAUAUAGGCCUACAUUAUUAAAGAAAAAUGCUCAGAUCUAACUGUUGACAAAAUAGAGCUGAUUUUAUGUUGAACUUUUAAAUAGUUCCUUCGAAAUAUUUCCUUUGCUCAAAACAGCUACAAAUAUUGCAUUGUGUGUUCUGACCACAUGACACUCAAGUUAAACAAGUUUCAUUACAGCAUGCAUGAUCAAUCUGCCAGAUGCAAUUUUUAUUUCUUUCUCUUUUUUUUUGUAGGUAUUGUACUGCUGUCUUUUAAACCAGUUAUGUAGAAAUUAAAAUGUUUGUUCAUGCUCCUUCACAUUUCACAACUAACAUGAAUACCACUAUGUUAUGUUUUGUUGUGCAGCUUUAUUGUACAUACACAGAGUAGUGGCAGUGUUAACUGCUGGAAAUGCUAGCUACUGAAUUACAGCAACUUUUUAAAGUAUAUAUUUUUUUAAAUUAGUUUUUAAUCUGUUUUUAAUUAGUUUUAACUCCUGCAGGGUUCUUGGGCAAAGUUAUUUGCAUCUGGGUCAAGUAAUUUUAUGAAAUAAUUGACAUCCAGGUGCCCAGUGCUUGGAUGUCCAAAUGUAAUGAAUUCAUUAUGCUUUGGGAAAUCCUAAUGUUUGCUCUUUUUAUAAUUAAAGUUAUGUUUACCAUA